AUGGCACCCGAUAAGCAGUGGAUGAAUCUUGUUAAUGAUCGACUAAGUGAAACAUAUCAGUUUGGCAUUAAGGAAUUUUUAAGAUAUGCUUCAAAAAAGUUGGGAGAUUGUGAAAUUCGAUGUCCAUGUGUCAAGUGUAAUAACACUUAUGAAAGAAGUCAUGAAGUGGUUGAAACCCAUAUAACAGUUUAUGGCAUAGUCCAAAAUUAUACAUUUUGGUAUCAUUAUGGAGAAAGGAAAGGUGAAUCUGAAUCUGAAUCUGAAUGCGAGGGUGAAGAAGAUGAUGUAUUAGAAACCAUAGGAGAGGAAGAGAUUCAUGGGAUUAUGAGGGACUUCUUUCCUACUUUAGAUGCUUUGAACAAAAAUAGAGCAGAUUUUGGUGGCUCAAGCCAUAAUGCGCAAAAAGAGGAUCCUAAUGAUGAAGCAAAGAAAUUUUAUUGGCUAUUGACAGAUUUGGAGCAACCAUUAUAUGAAGGUUCUAAGAGUUCAAAAUUAUCUACUAUAAUCAAGCUAUUACAUAUCAAGAGCCUUGGUCGCUGGAGUAAUGAGUCAUUUACUAUGUUAUUACAAAUAUUACAAGAUGAAUUACUCCCUGAUGGUUCGACUUUGCCAAAUUCAUAUUAUGAGGCAAAGAAGAUUAUCCAAGAUCUUGGACUCUCGUACAAGAAGAUAGAUGCAUGUGUCAAUAAUUGUAUGUUAUAUUGGAAGAAAGAUGAGAAGUCUGACUUUUGUAGUAUAUGUGGAGCUUCAAGAUGGAAAAAUGAUAAUUGUAAUGGAGAAAUCAAAGUUGGAAGGAAUGGCAAAAGAAAACCCGUAAAAAUAUUACGGUACUUCCCUUUAAAGCCGAGGCUUCAAAGGCUAUUCAUGUCCAGUAAGAUAGCGUCCUUUAUGAGAUGGCACCAUGACAAAAGAGUAGAUGAUGGAGUAAUGAGGCAUCUAGCUGAUUCUUUACAGUGGAAAUCUUUUGAUGAAAUGCAUGAAAAUUUUGCUUCAGAGCCUCGUAAUGUGAGACUUGGUCUUGCAAGUGAUGGGUUCCAACCAUUUGCACAUUCCAAAACUUCAUAUAGUAUUUGGCCAGUAUUUCUUAUUCCAUACAAUUUACCUCCUUGGAUGUGCAUGAAAGACUCUAAUUUCAUUCUGUCAAUGAUCAUACCGGGUCCUGAGGGACCAGGGGAUGCUAUUGAUGUCUAUCUCCAACCUUUAAUAGAAGAAUUACAAGAGCUGUGGGAAGUAGGAGUUGAAACAUUUGAUGCAUCAGUUCACCAGAAUUUCAAGAUGCAUGCAGCUUUACUAUGGACCAUUAAUGAUUUUCCUGCAUAUGGAAACUUGUCAAGUUGGAGCACUAAGGGUAAAUUAGCUUGUCCUUGUUGUAACAAGGAUGCCUUUUCUAUGAGGUUAAACAAUAGCAGAAAGCAAUGUUUCAUGCGCCAUCGUCGUUAUCUUCCAAUAAAUCACAAAUGGCGCAUUGACAAGAAAUCAUUUGAUGGCACGACAGAGUAUGGAUUACCACCAAAACAUCUUACUGGUCAGGACAUUCUAGAUCAGGUGAAAGAUCUUGAAGGGGUCAUUUUAUCUAAAGAUGCUAGUAAAAAGACCAAAGUCUCACAUGAUAAUAGAAGGGAUAAUUGGAAUAAGAAAAGCAUUUUUUUCAAACUUCCAUACUGGAGUAGUCUUUUGUUGCGGCAUAAUUUGGAUGUGAUGCAUAUCGAGAAGAACAUAUGUGAUAAUGUGCUUGGAACAAUUAUGAACAUUAAAGGGAAGACCAAAGAUACUGUUAAGUCUCGUCUUGAUUUGGAAGCAAUGAAUAUUAGACCAGAGUUGCACCCAAUACAAAAAGGAGAUAAGUUUGUGUUGCCAACUGCUACUUACACAUUAACUCAUGAAGAAAAGCAUACAUUUUGUAUGUUUUCAAAGCAAUUAAAAGUGCCAGAUGGGUUUUCAUCUAACAUUUCAUAUUGUGUUAGUAUUAAAGAACAUAAGAUUUCAGGUUUGAAGAGUCAUGAUUGUCAUGUUCUCCUACAACACUUACUUCCUCUUGCAUUACGUGGUCUUCUUCCCAAAUCAGUAUGUGAACCAUUAUUUGAAUUGUCUUUGUUUUUCAAAAUUUUGGGUGCAAAGACUUUACGGGUGGAGGAGUUGGAGCAAAUUGAAUCUCAAAUUGCCACAACUCUUUGUAAAUUGGAAAUGAACUUUCCCCCUUCAUUUUUUGAUGUGAUGGUCCAUUUGCCUAUUCAUUUAGCCCUUGAAGCCAAAAUUGCCGGACCUAUCCAAUAUUGA